CGUACCCGACCCCUUCGGGGGCGAACGAAACCAGUGCGAUCGAGCGACACACGCCGCGCGUACCUGCGACAAACGCCGUAACGCGCCACGCUACGCGAUAUCAUGAACCGAACACAACUAUACACGCAUUUAUUCAGUGAAAUAAUGUAAAUAAUAACGUUAAUUAACAUUUAGCAUAGUUUUAGUGUUGUGUUGAAACCGUGAGCAUUGUUUACCGGCCGGCGAACGCACGCCACAGCGCUCCCCGAAAAAAAAAACUCCGAUGUCGGUGGCAGUGAGGAUGCUUGCUUGUGUCAGUGUAGUGUAUUAAAAUAGGUAAAUGUAUAAACGGCGUGCUAUGAUCGUAUGAGGAAGAAAAGCACAAGGAACAUUAUGUCGGUGGGGCUGCAGCGGCGCGUGCCGGCGCUGGACGAGACCGGCGGCGGCGUGCCUGCGGCGUGGAAGAGCGGCAACAGCGAGCCGCCAUUCGCGUCGUUCGCGCCGCCUGCUGGCUCCCCGGCGGGGCCGGCGUUCGCCGCGUCCCCAGCCCCGUCGACCCCCGGGCCGGGGUUCGCGGGCCCGCCGUACGCGGCGCCGGGCCCCUUCGGCUCGCCGUCGGCCCGGCCGGGCUCCGGCGGCGGCUUCCCCCCCGGCCCGCCGCAGCAGCCACACUUCCCCGGGCCGGGGUUCGCGCCGCCGGGGUCCCCCUUCCACCCGCACCCUCCACAUCCGCCUAUGCCGCCUCACCCGCAUAUGAUGGCGCCCUUGCCGCCGCCUGUUGACAGGCGGCACGCUCCAUACUUUGGUCAGCCAGAUUACAGAGUAUAUGAACUCAACAAACGGUUACAGCAGAGGACAGAGGACUCAGAUAACCUGUGGUGGGACGCGUUCGCGACAGAGUUCUUCGAGGACGACGCGACGUUGACCCUCACAUUCUGUUUAGAAGAUGGACCUAAGAGAUACACAAUAGGAAGGACGUUGAUACCGCGGUACUUUCGUAGUAUAUACGAGGGCGGAGUCUCCGAACUUUACUACACGAUGAGGCAGCCCAAGGAAUCCUUCCACAACACAAGCAUCACUCUAGACUGCGACCAUUGUACCAUGGUCACGCACCAUGGGAAACCUAUGUUUACUAAAGUAUGCACAGAAGGGCGUCUGAUCCUGGAGUUCACGUUCGACGACCUGAUGCGCAUCAAGACCUGGCACCUGGCCGUGCGGGCGCACCGCGAGCUGAUCCCGCGCGCCGCCGUGCACCCGCCCGACCACGCCGCGCUCGACGCGCUCGCCAAGAACAUCACGCGCCAGGGCAUCACCAACUCCACGCUUAACUAUCUUAGGUUAUGCGUGAUCCUAGAGCCGAUGCAGGAGCUGAUGUCGCGACACAAGGCGUACGCGCUGUCGCCACGCGACUGCCUCAAGACCACGCUCUUCCAGAAGUGGCAGCGCAUGGUCGCACCUCCUGAGUCUCAGCGUCCAGCCAGCAAGCGACGCAAACGCAAGGGCAGCGGCGGCCCCAACGCCGCGCCGCCCGCGCCCGCCAAGAAACGCUCGCCCGGACCCAACUUCAGCCUUGCAUCACAGGACGUGAUGGUGGUAGGCGAGCCAUCCCUCAUGGGGGGCGAGUUCGGCGACGAAGACGAGCGGCUCAUCACGCGACUGGAGAACACUCAGUACGAGGGAGCUGACGACUGGACCGCGCCGCCGCCCGCCUCGCCCGCCAAGACGCCGCCCAACCACUGACGCCCGGCCGCCCUGUGCUGCAACCCUCAUGUUCAAAAUAACUGAAGUUACACGUACUUUACUUUAGAUAGCAGGUUUUUAAGAACAUCCUCAUGUCGAGAAGCGAAAAUAUAUGAAGACAUGACUGCGAGAAAGAGACGACCUAUCAUGUUCUCGCGUCUCGAGUUCCCGGCGUGAGCCGGAGCCGCCUGUUGUUUUAAAACCUCUUCAAGAGUUAUGCUCUCCUAGUACUUUUUCUGUUGUUGAAAGUUGUUUUUUACUAUAAAUUACAGACUUCAAAUAUUUUAUUUAUCAAGUUUUAUGUAGCUGCUCUUUUAAAAAUUAAAGAUUAAUUUUCAAAAAAUAUAAGUAGCAUAAGUUAAUUUUAAUAACUUUAGCUGCAAAAUGUGUUAUUGAAAUUGUAUGCACUGAAAUUUUAUUUAUUUAUUGAUUGAUAGAUAGAAUAAUUUUCACAUGAUAAAGCUAAAAUUCAGUUAUUUUGAACGUAAGUGCUGAAUUUGGCAGAAAAAAGCAAAAAGUACGCUAAAUCAGUCUAAAGAAGUGUGUGAGUUGACUCAGAAUUGUCAACUUUACUUCGAAUAAACCUAUUUGUAAGCUUGAAGAACAAUUCUAAUUUUUAAAUGUUUAUAGGUACUUUUAAUUUUAUUCAACCAAUCAAAUAGCUCUAUUAAUACUUUGGAUUGAGUAUUGAAAAAUAAAUCAGAUUAAGAAGAAAAAACUAAAGAAUUUCAAAAUUAGAAUUGUCCUUCAGGAUUAGAACAAAUCCUCUCAUAUAAAAAGUGUCUUAAGACCUCUUCUUGUGUUAUGCUCUCCUAGUACUUUUUCUUUAUUUACCACCAAAUAAAUGUAUGACGUAAAAAAAGUUAAUUUGAAUGUUUUUGAAAAAAAUGUUAAAUACUUGUCAUUUUACAAUGUGAGAAAAAUAAUUUGUAUCGUCUUAGAUAUAAAUAAAGUUUAUAAGUAAAAUAAUUAUUGUAUGGGAACGCUAAAUGGGACUCGAAAACGUCUAUGCUUACCCAUUUAGAUUUAGAAGCGUGAUAGAGUGUAUGAAAAAUGUAUUUUACAUUUCAAGUCAUUCAAAUUAACUUUACAAAAAAUUUUAACUUAAAAACGCGUAAAAAGCAACUCUUUUUGAUUCAGUCGGGUGAAACUGUUUCUUUUUUAAUUAUUGUUAUAAUAUUAACUAUUACAAUAGUUGCUGAAAUUAUUAAUCAACCUUGAUUGACGGACAGGCUUCGCAAAAAAAUCUAAGGUAUGUACAUUACCUGCCGAGCCUUUUCCCAACUAUGUUGGGGUCGGCUUCCAGUCUAACCGGAUGCAGCUGAGUACCAGUGCUUUACAAGAAGCAACUGCUUAUCUGAUAGAAGGUUAUCUAAAUGUUCCUUAUACAGAAACUACGAUUUGUCGUGGUCUCGACUCACACUUGACCAAUUAGUAAUAUAAAUAAAUAUUGUACAUAAUAUUUGUCUUUAUUUAUGUGUUUUAUCGUAAAAAUAUACAUUGUUUUAAUGACAUUGAGUUGCAAAAUUUCACUAUAUCGAUAACCGAACCAUUUUUAGUUGUCGAAUCGUCGAUGUGAGCAAUGCGCGGCAAGUAUACGGCUGGUUAUGGUUUGGUUAUCGUUAUAGUUAAAUGGUGCAAUUUAUUUAGCCAAGUUAUUUGAGGAGUGAAAAAAUUACACGCUUUGUCUUCUCAAAAACUUUUUUCAGUGUGUUCUUGUUCCUACAUAUUUGUUUUAUAUAAUUUUUAUUGAUCAACUAAUAUUAUAUUACAUAAUUGUAUUAUUUGAGUAUUUAUAAUAAUUUUGCAGCAUUUUUUAUUUUACUGGAUAACAUUCCAUUGAGAAAUCACUGAUAUAAUUUUGAAAAUAAAACUGUAGAUAUAAUUAAUUGGUAUUAAAAACCUUGUUAUUUUAAACAGUCACACGGCCAUUUCCAAUAUUCUACAAAUCUGUCAAUUUGCUAACUAGAGAUAGAAUUUUGAAAUACAAGUACUUUCACAUUCCUAUCUGUAGUAACCAAACAACAGAUGGAUAGAAUAUUGGAAACCGUUACAACGUCACGGUAUUUACGAAAGUCUUGUAAAAGUACUAGGAGAGCAUACUUUACAAAGAGGUUAUCAUAAAGCAGUAUGUAAAUGUGAAACUGUCGCGGUUAGGGUAUAGAUAGUUCAACUCAGAUUUGCGCGCGGCCCUAUGUGUGCGUCAGCUUGUAAAUAUACAACUUUCAUUCGUGUGACAGUGACGUCGUCCGAGCAUGACGUGUUCUUAUCACUUUUUGUUAUGGGUACAGUCGUUUACGAAAAUGUCUAGUUCUUCACGGAGAAAAUGUUUUAAGGAGUCAGGUAGCGUUUCAAAAAAAUGAAACAACAUUCAAAGCUUUUUAUUAUUACAUUUUACAGUUUAUCAUUAUUUUCUCAUACGGCUUUUCAAAUUGACAUUGACAGUAUCUAAGAAAUAAAUGAAGUGAAAUAUCUAAGAUGAAUUAAAUACUCCUUACAUAUUUUCUAGCUCGGGGUACGCGGACAAUAAAUAAAUGUGUGAACUAAGAAUGUAAAAAGACCUAUAAUUUAGUAUAAUAAUGGAAACAAAAUGUGUGGGGAAUUAAAAAAAUAUAUAUUGCUUCGCAUAAUGUCGACCAAAAUAAGACGGAAAUAAUGAAACUCAUAAAUGAACAUUUAAGUCAAAUUGAUGAAGGGAUGUUGGGUAAUACUUGUCGACAUGUACAAAAGAAAAAAGAAGAAUACUAUAGACAUUUUGACAUGGAGUCAGAAUUUAUAAUUAACAUUGGUGAAAGUAGCGAAUCCGAAAAUUCAUCAUUUGAUUUUUCAAGUAGCGAUACAGAAUCAUUAUAAAUAAAUAAACUAAAUUACGUAAUAACUGUACUUUAAACAGCCGUAUACAACCCCUAAAUAACUGUAUUUGUACCCGACUGUACCUCUUGUCACGCACACAAAGUCACUGUAUAUGUACAAGGGUUACCCACACAUAGGGCCGCGCGCACGACUGAGUUGAACUUACUAUACUAUGUUGGGCACGCGAGCUAGGCUGUCGACGAUUAAACGGGCACACAUGGAUUAUGUCAACAAAAUAUAAAUAAAUCAAUAAAUAUAGGCCUUUACGGAUAAAUUAUCA